AUGCGUCGUCUUCGUGACAUGGCUGCUGUACUUGCCGCAGCACCUGAAUUUGAUGGUGUAAUGGUUUGUUUGGAGUUGUUGCAACCCAUUUUAGAUUAAUCUUCUGGAUGUCGAAGCAAUACUUGGUUAUCGUACAAUAAAGACUGUUGUUUCGUCAGAUAUUACUCAUGUUUUUUAUAUAUUCAAUGUGGGUUUUUUUUCUUCUAGAUUUUUCUGCUGCGUCAUAUGUUGAUAGUUUUGUUUACUGUUGAUACUCAACGACAAACUCCAUCUAGUUUCAAUUCAAACUACCGUUAUCAACAACGCUUCAGUGGGAGAGAAAAACUUAAUGACAUUAUUAUUUUCUACUGUGAUUCUUUCCAACUUUCAUUUGCUUUUCAUUUAGAUAGGAGUCGCUUUAAUGUCAAUAUGUUGGAUACCUUGUCUCACUCGUUGUUUUUGUUAUUCUUUAUUUUGAUCGUAUUAAAACGAUUGCUUUUCUCUUUCAGACAAGAGCAUAAAGAUAACAAUAAAAGUAUAUUUAAUUUUUAGAGCGAUAGCAUUGGAAAAACAUGUUUUACUGACCGAAGUAAGGUGGAGUUAUUUGACGAACAGUGGCAUAGCCAGAGGUACGGCCAUUGGGCAAUUACCCAUGGAUUUUUUGAAAUGAUACCAAUUGCAUAAUGCUGCAAAAUCUUGAUAUACAUACAUGUACAAAGAUUCAAGUGAUGUCAUCUUAAUACAUUGUAUCUUGUUGUGAGCUAAUCAAGUGUUCCCGAAAAAUCAACCGACUAUUUUUUCCAUUAAACCAAUGCUCACAAUGAUGACAAUUCAAUGGUGUUUUUUUUCAAAGUACUCGUUAUUCUACUUAAACUCACUACUGGUUCUAUUUGUGCUUAUUUAUGUUUUUCGACAUAAUAUAUUCAAAUAUUUGAAAGUUGAAGAGUACAUUUGUGAAACAGUCCAAAAAAACUGUUAGUGCAAUCUAUGCAGGAUUAAAAUGUGAAAAACGAUGUAGCUGCUGUUACUAAUCACGAGAAUAUGGUUUUAUUCAAUCUAUCUUGGGACUCAUUUUUUAUCAUCGUUUACUUAAUCCUCUAGAACUGCAAGAAGGAAGGAAUUUAUAUAUUUUCAUGAGAUGCUAGUGAUCUAUAAGCACUAAUCGUGUAUCAAAAACGUCUGUCACGAUCUAUGGGGAGCACAGUGAACAGCCCAGGCAACAAAAUCAAUUUUCGAGAUUUGAGCCUAUAUCAUAGCUAGCAUGGAAGCUACUAUGGUGCUGCAUUUAAGUGCAUUUUGAACGCUACUUUAUAGUGAGUGUUUGUUAAGCAGCAGGUACCACAAAGUACAUCAAAUUAGUGAAUAUCAUUAAUAGAACCAUGUAAGUAACUUCUAUGUUUUAAAUUGAGGAUCUAAUUAUAAUCAUUAGUUAUUAUUUAGUUAUACAGUGCUAUGUAUUUAGUAUAUAUUACAGACCAUUUGGACUUUUUAAAGUUCUUUAGGCUAUAAUAAGAUCAAAAUCUUACGCUCAGUGUAGUACAAAAAUAACCACUGGUCAAUAAUGCAGUUAUUUUCCCGAAACUUUAAUUCGAGUUUUAAUUUCUUAUUUGGUAGAGCAUGUCAUCAUCUAUCUUCAGUGGAUGCGCAAAGAUGCGCGUUUAAAUCCUUGUCGAGAUAUUGUGUCUCAAAUGUAACCUUCUAUCAAAAUUUGUUGACAAUUUUAUACAGUGAUCACUCAUGUUCCAAUCCAUCAAGUUUCGAAUAGAUAAAUAAACAGCACACGUACAUCAACCUCAGGUGUGGGUGCGGGUGCGGGUGGGUGUGGGUGUGGGUGUGGGUGUGGGUGUGGGUGAUUGAAGAAGAAUAAGCUACCCUCACACCCACACUCUUUGAAAAUCAAGGUCAAACUUCACCUGGAUGUAAUCAAAAGUAUCGUUGUCAGCAACAAAAGGUAGAGAGAAAAAACCCAGCAAUAUCAUUCAUUUUAUCAUUAUUCUUUCCAACUUUCGUUUGCUUAUCAUCUAUAUAGUUAAUGGUCACUUGAAAGUCAGUGCGUUGGAUAUCUUAUCUCAUUCAGCUUUUAUUUGUCUUUUAGCAUCUCGAAACAAAUGAAGAUAUUGUCAGUUUUAUUUAUUUAUUUUUUAUUAUGCAUAAGACUUGCUUUCUGAUAAUGUGAGCAAAAGAAAAUGAAGAAUAAAUUCAAUAUUGUUACAAACAACAAUAGAACAACAGUUUCUGCUUGCUCCCAUAAUAUACUGUUCAUCAUUCACGAGUUGUUCAAGUAAAAUAAUAGUAGUUCGAAAAUAAUUGAGUAUUGAAGUACGUAUUAUAAAUUUCAGGAAAGGGCUAAAAUAUAUAGAUAUUUUGAGAUUUUUACGUCAUAUGUAUUGAGAAAUAAGUUUUUUCUAAGUAUAAGAAAUAUUUUGUUAAUAUAAAAGAAAUUUUUGAUCUUUCUAAUCACGAUUUUCAAAUAUUUAACUGUUGAUGGAAAGGACAGUACAAAGAAAAAGAAAUCUUACUGGGAAAUGAAUUACUAUGUGAUUACAAUUAUUCAGUUGAUUUUUACAGUGUAUUACAGUGUUAUUAUGUAUUGUUACAUAAUGAUAAAUGUUUUCAUAUUGUUUAAAUUAAUUUAGGUUUUUAUUAAUUACAUUUGAUUCAUAUUUAUCAUGAUAUUAAUAUCGGCACCAGAAGUCAAGGCAGGUGGAUGUUUUUUGAAUAACUUUUGAUAGGAACAAGAUAGAGACUUGCGGUAUGCAGCGUUUGAUAGCCAAGGCGCAGGGCCAUGUUUUUGUAAGCAAAAUCUUUUUUGAAAAAAAAACUUCUAAGACCAGGUUCGAAGAAAAUCUUUGGAAAACGACGCUAGUUUUCUGAAAGUUGCCAUAGGAGUAUAUUGAUUUUUUUAUCUGGAUAGAUAGCCCACAGUC